CCUCGGAGACCGAAAAUGAAACCGGAAGUUCAAUGUGUUUAUGCUAAUAGACCCAGGAGUGUCGUUAGAUCUUUCAACAUGGCGGAAGGAGGAGACUUUCAGUUCGAUGAAGAUGAAGUAGAAGAUGAUAUUCCAUUAGAAAAGAGAAAGAAAAUAUUUCUAAAAGAAUUGCGCUGUAUGAUGUAUGGAUUUGGGGAUGACAGGAAUCCAUACACUGAAAGUGUAGAACUUCUAGAUGAUCUAGUCAUUGAAUACAUCACAGAAAUGACAAAGAAGGCAAUGGAGGUUGGACGCCCAGGCAGAAUUUCUGUGGAGGACAUCAUCUUUCUGAUUCGAAAAGACCCAAAGAAAUACUCGCGUGUAAAAGAACUUCUGAUGAUGAAUGAGGAACUGAGGAAAGCUAGAAAGGCUUUUGAUGAAAUUAAAUAUGCUGCAACAAAAUGACAAUUCGAAGUUAUGUAAACACCUGGGUAUCAUGAAAAUGACAAAAUCACGCCUCUGGUAAAUUUGACUGUUGGAAUUAGCUGUGAUCUGGUAUCCACACAUUUUCAGAACUUUUCCUUGAGUUCUGAUUUGAACUAAAUGCCUGUUCUGGAGAUGCAGUGGUGUUUGAUAGAUGUAGUUGCAUGCCAUUCAGAGCAUAAAAUAUUUAUAUGUAA